AUGUCCAGGACAGACGGCUUUCCUGAGCCUGCUGAGAGCAAUCCACAACCUCGGGGAAAUAUUCUGGCUGAGAGCGUCAAUACCAUCAUCCGUGUUCUCGGGCUGUCCUCUGGCGCUGUCUUUUCGCAGCAUGCCGCCCAGAAAGAGCAUGAAGAUGUUCCAUCUGAUGUUGUCAAAGUACCUGAAGAUAAAGGGGUCGCAAUCCCCAAGGUCGAAGGCCUUUCAGCUCCAGUCCCGAUCCGAAACUUUGCCAGCAAGUGCCCCGACCGACUACGCCCGCUGCUUCCCCCAGCCAACUUUGGCGCUGUGGUCCCCGGAAGCAUCUUCCGUAGCAGUUAUCCUCAGCCAGAAAAUUUGGAGUUCUUGAAAACUCUCAAGUUAAAGACUGUCCUGACGCUUGUCCCGGAGCCGAUUCCUACCGACAAUCUCAACUUCAUGUUAGAGAAUGGCAUCCAGCACUUUCAAGUGCACAUCCCCGCGAACAAGGGAGAGAUCAGCAUUCCGACUUGUCAGAUGUCGAAGGCUUUGGGUAUCGUCUUAGAUCGCUCAAAUCAUCCGAUUCUGAUCCAUUGCAAUAAGGGCAAGUGUUCUAAGUUUCAUGCAGCAUCGCACAGGUUGCGUCGUCGGAUGUUUCAGGAGGGUCCUGGGUCAGUCGAUGCGACUCGUCGCAAGGCAUCUUUGAGAUCAUCCACUAAUAAUUUUCAAGGCGAAGAGCUCCAUAAUGUGUUCGACGAGUACCACACCUAUGCGGACCCGAAGGCCCGCAUUCUUGAUGAAUGCUUCAUGGAGAUAUUCGACGAACGUACUGUCCUUUGGAUGGCUCGCCGUUACAACUGGAUUCUACCGAGUGCGGAAUCAGACCCACCACCAUCCCCAGUGCCGGCAUUGGGUGUAGUCAGGCCGCGCGCUUAA